AUGUUAUGCAAAUCCGAUGUUUACAGUUCCGGAAUGAUGAUGCUAGAAAUGGCAUGCGGAAGAAGGCAUGUAGACGUCGAUGCAAUCAAUUCGAGCAAAGUGCAUUUUCCUAACUGGGUCUAUGAACUAAAGGAGAGGGGAGAUUUAGAGUUCGAGAACCUGACAGAAAGUGGUGUAUUAAUAGCCCAAAAGUUGUUCAUAAUCGGAUUAUGGUGCACUCAAACUCCACCAUCGGAUCGCCCCUCCAUGACCAGAGUCCUGGAAAUGUUACAAACGAACCUCGAUGAUCUGGAAAUGCCUCCCAAACCAGUCUUGGCUGAAUACCUGUGUGAAACAACACCAGAGUCCGAAAGAGAUGCUAUUACCUGA